AUUCAACAUUCAACAAAUUACUUUCGUCAGCGAUUCAGUUCUGCUUCGCGUUCACGUGCGACUGCUUCGAUUACACAAUCAACAACAGCGAACAACAUCACAAUGACCAACACAUGACAUAAAGCACUUGUUUACGUGUGAUAAACGUGGAAUAAUCGGCGAAAAACGAGUGAAAAGUGCGCAGAAAUGUGAAAAACGAUAAAAACGCACAAGUUCAAAGUGAAAUAACGGUGAAAUCAUAGUUUAAAGCGACUUAUAAACCAGUUAACGUGUUUUAAUGAUGAAGGUAUUGAGUCUAUUACGAAACGACAUUGAAUUAGGUUUUUUUAAUGCGUGAUUUUGUUGUUAUAACCUUUGAAAUCACAUUAAUAAGUGGAAUUUAAAAAUUGGGAAGUUUUGGUUUGGAUAGUCAAGUUUAAUCUUAAAUAAAAGAAAAACUAAUUGAUAUAUUUCAAUUCUUUAAACGUCGCGUAAUAAAGUAACUAUUUAUUUGUGUUUUCUAAAAAGUUGGUUAAAUUAUACAGGGUGGUUCAAAAGUUAUAGGCAAAAAACUAAAAUAGAACGUUUUUGGUAUUUUAAGUGUUUAUAAUAAAUUUUAAGAAUUAAUUACGGACAAACUAUCCAUAAUAUUACUAUUGUUUAAACUAUACGUGAUAAAACAACUAUUUAUUUAUAUACUCUCAAAAUUUGGUCAGAUUAUACAAGGUGGUUUAAAAGAUACAGACAAAAAACUAAAAUAAAAUAUUUUAAUGUAAAAAUGAUAUUUAAAUGUUUUAUUAUAAAUUUUGAGAAAUAAUUACAGAAAAACGAAUAAUAAUAUUACGUAUUUUUUAAACAUCACGUGAUAAAACCACAAUUUAUUUAUAUUCUCUCAAAAUUUUGUUAAAUUAUACAGGGUGGUUUAAAAGUUAUAGCCAAAAAACUAAAAUCAGUCAUUUAUUGUGUUUAAAAUUAUUAUUUUAAACUUCAAGAAUUAAUUACAGAAAAACUAAUAAUAAUAUUACCAUUGUUUAAACUGAUAAUGAUAAAGUAACUAAUCAAGAACACAUAUUAAUUUUUUCAAGACAAUAUACAGUGUGGUUUUGCCGUAAUUGAAGUUUUUAUUAAAAAAGCAAUUGAUAUGACAGUGAAUUAACCUAAAAGUAACCAAAAUGUCGUUAACUUUGAUAAUAACACUGAUAAUCCUCGGAUUCAUCGUCAGUUCGGCAGUUUUCUUCAUGUUGUACUUGAUUUUCACAAAAAUCUACUUAAAAUUCCGCAUUGUUGGCACUUGCCCUGCUAAUUUAUGUUUAGUUGGAAGAACUGUCAUCGUUACAGGUGCAAAUAAAGGUAUGGGUUAUUGGGUCGCAAUGGACUUUGCAAAACGCGGCGCAAAAGUAAUCCUCGCCUGUCGAAACAAAACAAAAGGCAAAGAAGCCGUGGAGAAGAUCCAGAGUGAGACGGAGAAUAAGAAUGUUGUGUUCCAAUCGUUGAAUCUGGCGUCGUUUAAGUCCAUUCGGGCGUUUGUGCAGGAAGUUAAGAAAAACGAAAGAAGAUUGGAUGUUUUGGUGAAUAAUGCGGGGGUGGUGAGGCCGAAUGCUGUCACUGAAGAUGGGUUCCAUCCGACGCUACAAGUGAAUGCCCUUGGACCGUUUUUAUUAACUAUUUUAUUGAUUGACUUAUUAAAAUCAACAAAACACAGUCGAAUAGUCAAUGUAACCACAAAAGAAGGCUCCGAACACUUCGAUAUCCUCGAAGAUUUAGUCGACAAGUCAGAUUCCUGGUUCGCUUACGUCAGAAACUACGAAAACAGCAAGAAAUGCCUCGGACUACUAAUGACAUCUCUAUCCGACAAACUACAACGUCACGAAGUGACAGUUCAAUUCGCCGUGCCGCGGCCAUGUCGAACAGACCUUCAAAUCUACGAAAAUCUCCCAGAAUUCCUCAAAUUCUUCAAACGACACAUAUUUAUCACAUUUUUAUGUCUUGAAGCUAAUGAGAGUGCAGUCAACACAGUUUUCACCGCGUUAGAUCAUCAAGUAGGCAACUUCAUGUGCAAAUACUACCGGGAUUGCGAACAAUGGGAUCCUGGCCAUCAAGACACCGAAGUUGAUACUUAUCUACGUAAAAAAAUAUGGUGGAAAUGUGUAGAGUAUGUGCAAUUGAAGCCUAAUGAAUUUUCUGGUCUGUCAUAGCAACAAAAACCGAAAGUAAACUUUAAAAAUCAUAUUAAAAUAUUGAAACGUAAAUAUAUCCAUAGAAAACGUUUGAAA